GCUAUAGACUUCACCAGGGGUUCACUCUAGCUUAAGGCCGUUCUAAACACUAAUGCAUAGAAAUAAUCGAACUCCCAUCGAUGCAUCCGUGGGUAUCAUUUCUUCUUGGUAGCUUCAAUUCUUUUUGUCUGCUCUCUGCUCUAUCAAAACUCUCUCAGCUUUCAACAUGGUAACUAAAUUCAGUGCUGUUUGGAUCGCUCUUCUCCUUCUAUUCCCUGUGGUUCUUUCUUCACAGAAUGAUGGGUUGAUCAGAAUUGGACUAAAAAAGAAGAAAUUAGAUCAAGUCAAUCAUCCUGUAGGAGCCUUUGACUCUAAAGAAGAGGAAGCAAUGAGAGCUGCUGCCAAAAAGUAUCAAUUUUGUAAUAAUAUUGGGAACUCUUCUGAUGCCGAUAUUGUUGCACUGAAAAACUACUUGGAUACUCAAUACUAUGGUGAAAUUGGUAUUGGCACACCUACACAGACUUUCACUGUGAUAUUUGACACUGGAAGUUCUAAUCUUUGGGUACCGUCAUCCAAAUGUUAUUUCUCGCUUGCUUGCUAUUUACAUUCUAGGUACAAGUCUAGUGAAUCAAUCACCUAUAAGAAGAACGGUACCUCUGCUGCAAUCCAAUAUGGAACUGGUUCAAUUGCUGGUUUCUUUAGCCAGGACAAUGUCAAAGUUGGUGAUCUUGUUGUUAAAAAUCAGGAUUUCAUUGAGGCAACAAAAGAGCCAGGCAUCACUUUUUUGGCUGCCAAGUUUGAUGGUGUACUUGGACUUGGGUUCCAAGAGAUCUCAGUUGUGAAAGCUGUUCCAGUUUGGUAUAACAUGGUCAAUCAAGGUCUUGUUACCGAACAAGUCUUUUCAUUUUGGUUAAACCGUAAUGUUAAAGGAAAAGAAGGAGGAGAAAUUGUGUUUGGUGGGGUUGAUCCUAAUCAUUACAAGGGUGAGCACACAUAUGUUUCUGUGACUCAAAAAGGGUAUUGGCAGUUCGAUAUGGGUGACAUAUUAGUCGGCAAUGAAACAACUGGAUUUUGUGGUGAUGGCUGCAAGGCAAUUGCUGAUUCUGGAACCUCUUUACUGGCAGGCCCAACGACUGUGAUUACUCAAAUUAAUCAUGCCAUUGGAGCCUCUGGUAUUAUAAGCCAAGAAUGCAAGACAUUGGUUGCACAAUAUGGGAAAGUCAUACUGGAAAUGCUGAUAGCUCAGCAGGCACAACCAGAGAAGAUUUGCUCUCAAAUUGGCUUAUGUACUUUUGAUGGGACUCGAGGUGUUAGUGCAAACAUUGAUAAUGUGGUGGAUGAAACUAUAGACAAAGUGUCUAAUGGUGUGGAAGAUGCUACGUGCACUGCUUGUGAGAUGAUGGUUGUAUGGAUGCAAAAUCGUAUAAAGCUAAAUGAGACAGAAGAGAAGAUUUUGAACUACGUGAAUGAACUCUGUGAUCGAUUGCCUAGUCCAAAUGGAGAAUCAACAGUUGAUUGUAGCAGUCUAUCUUCAAUGCCUCAUAUCUCAUUCAUAAUUGGUGGUAAAGUGUUUGGCCUAAGGCCAGAGCAGUAUGUGCUUAAAGUGGGAAAGGGAGUUUCAGCUCAAUGCAUUAGUGGAUUUAUUGCUUUAGAUGUGGCCCCCCCUCGUGGACCUCUAUGGAUUCUGGGGGAUAUAUUCAUGGGUCCUUAUCACACAGUGUUCGACUAUGGGAACCUAAGAGUUGGAUUUGCUGAAGCAGCCUAAAACAAAACAAUCACUCAGGCUUCAUAACUCUCAUUCACAGCUAUGCCCUUGUGUAAUAUUAUGUACAUAUAGAAGAGGAGUAAUUAGAAAGGCCGAAACUAAUAGGCAUGAUCAUGCGGUUGAAAUAAUUUUGUAUCACAUAACUAGAAUCCAGUAGCGAUCUAUGUUGGAAGCUCUCUUGAAUGCCUAUGGGCUCAAAAAUCCUUAUCCAUUGGCAGUUUCUUUC